AAGGUCCCACUUUCUUCAAAAUAACUAUCAAGAAAGACAGUUAAUGGCUAAGCUUCCUCACGUGACCGUGAGGUCUUUGUUUACCGACUUGCUGUAUAAUUGAUGGCGGGCUCGUUCUGACCACGGGGCGGUGUUAAGGAGAGAGUUCGGCCGCUCACGUCCUCCUCCCUCCGGGGGGAAUCACCCUCGCAGCAGCAGCUGCGGCAGCGGCCCCUUUAAGAGAGCAGCGCCGCCCGCCGCACACUGACGAAACGUCCACGGCCCUGACGAACCAACAAGAGACGGGAGGAAACGCUGCUGGUAUCCGCGAGCUAACGGUUCUCCUCCCGGGGAGGAGGUGAACGCAACUGGUCCCUUCUUUUUUGGUUUUUCUUUUCCUGUUUUGUUGGACGUGUUUUCCCGCCGCCUCAGAAUUACGACGUUCCGAGACGGUGGACGGCAUUCAGGUCUGAAGCGGAUAUCGCCGCCGCGAUGGAGGGAGCCGCGUUUGCCGCGAGACGGGCGCUAAUUUGGAAGUCCUGAGCAGCAGGUGUACCCGACGGUACACGCGGAUAAAGCAAGCGACAAGCAACCUCGGUGUUCAUGAAACUUUGCUACGAUUUACGUGCUGGGGUUGCCGUCCACCAUGUUAAGGUAAAGCCCAGGUGUGCGGUGUUGACCAUGCUAAAGCGCCUGGACAAGAUCCGCUUCCGAGGCCCCAGAACGAGAGAAGACUUCCCCGAUCUGGGAGAUUCGCCGCCUGCUUCCGACAACGAAUGUAGCGACGACAUGCAGCCGAAGCCCCGGAUGUCUCUGAGAGACACGGAGGACAUCCUGAGAGACCCUGCUGGUUCGGGGUCUCCUCUUAUGGCUGCUGCUAUCCAGGAUUUCCAGAGGUCGGAAUCGGAGCGCCUCAGUGAAGUCAAAGGUCACUUGGAAAUUGCCUUAUUGGAGAAACAUUUUCUACAGGAGGAGCUGAGGAAGCUGCGGGAGGAGACCAAUGUGGACUCCCUGCGGCAGGAGCUGGAAAAGGAGCGGAGCAAAAGGCUGGAUCUGGAGCAGAAGAUGAGCGACGUCCUCAAAACCAGACUAGAAGACUCCCCCCCUCAGCCUCCCCGAAAGCAGCAGUCCCCCUCCAACAACGGAACAGCAGAGAAGCAGCAGCAGCAGCAGAAGGAGGUGUGGAGUUCGCGGCUGCAGAAGUGGCUGUACGAGCGCUUCGGGGUUUACAUCGAGGACUUCCGCUUCCAGCCGGAGGAGAACACUGUGGAGACAGAAGAACCGCUAAGUGCUAAAAGGUUGACAGAAAAUAUGAGGCGACUCAAGCGAGGAGCCAGGCCUGUCACCAACUUCUUAAGGAACCUCUCCGCCUUAUCAAACUGGCACUCUGUCUACACCUCAGCUAUUGCCUUCAUUAUUUACAUGAAUGCUGCUUGGCACGGUUGGGUCAUUCCCAUGUUCCUCUUCCUGGCUAUCCUGCGUUUAUCCUUAAACUAUCUCAUCGCCAGAGGUUGGAGGAUCCAGUGGAGCAUCGUGCCUGAGGUCUCUGAACCCAUGGAGCCGCCAAAGGAGGAUUUGACUGUGUCGGAGAAGUUCCAGCUCGUACUUGACGUUGCACAAAAAGCUCAGAAUCUUUUUGGUAAGAUGUCAGAUGUGUUGGAAAAAAUUAAGAACCUGUUCAUGUGGGUGCAGCCGGAGAGCACCCGCAAGCUCUACAUCUGCCUGUGGGUGGCUUUCAUUUCCUCAUGUCUGCUGCCAUACCAGCUGCUGGGCUUCAUGACCGGCGUGUACGCUGGGAUCAAGUUCUUCAUCAUAGACUUCAUGUUUAAAAGCUGCCCGAAGCUCCGAGACAAAUACGACACACCGUACAUCGUGUGGAACAGCCUUCCUACUGACCCGCAGCUCAAAGAGAGGACCAACGCUACUGUGUCCCGCCGGGUUCAGCCGGUGGUGUCCCGCGGCAGCCUCGCCACCAUUCCCAGUGGGGUGAGCAGAGAGGAGGAGACGGGACGCGCUCACAGCACCAAGAAGGGAGCCUUCCACGAGGUUUUCAACCUGGCGGAGUCAGAGCGCCCUCUAGCAGUUUGUGAGAACGGCUGGAGAUGCUGCCUGAUCAACAGAGACCGGAAGAUGCCCACAGAUUACAUCAGGAACGGAGUCCUCUACGUCACAGAGAAUUAUCUGUGUUUCGAGAGCUCCAGCUCCAGAUCCGGCUCCUCCAAGAAAAAUAAAGUCAUCAAACUGGUGGACAUCACUGACAUUCAGAAGUACAAAGUGUUGUCAGUCCUGCCAGGAAGUGGGAUGGGCAUCUCUAUAGCCACUCCCUCUACUCAGAAGCCAUUGGUGUUCGGUGCCAUGAUCCACAGAGACGAGGCUUUCGAGACCAUCUUCACGCAGUACAUGAAGAUCAUGACCACCCCCAAGCCCCCGCCCACCGCCGAGCUGUAGACUCGCUGCCUCCCAGCUGUGUACUCCUCCUCAGCGGGUCGCAAAUGGGGGCGGAGCUUCACCUGAGCGGGAAGAUUCUCUGAAACGCCUCCAACUCCUCUGAUGACGGCCUCGCCGAGCCGCCGCCGUCGCCACGCUCAGGCCGACGCUGACAGAGGAGCGAGGAUCCGCGUAGUUUUUAUCAAUCAGAGGGCUGGCAGGGGGGCUGGUUCCCCUCCCACCUCGCAGACCAAUGGACUUGUCGGCUUCUGUGUUUCUGUGUUUGCAUGUAUGAGUGUGUGUGUGUCGUCGGCGUUCUCUCCUCGGUCUGCGGACGUCCUGAAGAAAAAGAUCCACUGCCAGACCGGAGGAGCUCCUGUUGGAGACGAGACGUCUGCUUUUCCUCCGCUAGCCGUCAGACUCCCAGCCUUCUCGUUACGCUUCCGUUCUUCGUGUCUUCAUCUCUCCUCAUGUUUGGCCUUUUUUCAGCACCGAAGACAGAAAAGAAAAACUAACUUUUCGAGUUUCUGUGGCAGCAAAUUUUACAGUUCAGGCGUUCAGAAGACCUCAACUUGUGUUUAGUUCCAGUGUUGUACUCACCCCAGCCUUUCACUCCAUCAGCUGCUCAGUGUUACUACAGCAAAUAAGCUGCUCCAGCUUCUACCUGCUUAUUUGAAGCUAAAUUACACAAUCGUAGAAAGACAGUGAGCUUUUAAAGACCCACUCUGAUCAUGUAGAAGUGUUCCAAGAGGUUUUUAAAUUACAAUUAUUCCUUUUUUUCAGCCAAAAUUAGAAAAAACGUUCAUAUUCUCGGACAUAGUUUCUACAAAGCGGCUGUAGUUCAUUAGAAAUUUGCCUCCAAGUUGUGGGCAGGACCGUUUGUGUGGAGCAACCCCUGUCCCUCCCACUUGCUGAGAGCUCUCUGUUUAUACUACCUCCCAGUAGCUUACAGACCCUCACACCCUCAACCUAACGUUACUGGUGGUCGUGACACAAAAAUGCUGAACAAAAAAUACAAAAAUAAAAGCGGAUAUCCAGCCGUGCAGUUUCGAGUCAGAUGCCAGCUAAGACACGAAAACAAAAGAUGCUAAUGGAUCUAGUCGCGCAUCAGGAAGCUCCUCCCAUUGUAUUUCCUACAUCACAAACCACAACCUUUUUUUUUUUUUUUUUUAUCUACUCCCAACUAUUUAAAGAAAAAAUAGUCAGAAAUACAAUUGUAAGCUUAAAGUCUGACUCCAAACUAUAUAUUUUUCCAUUGUAAAAUCGUAAUAAUCAUGUUUAUGACGUGUUUAGCCAAAAUCAAGAAGCCUUUUUUUAUUUUUUUUCUGUUCAGCAGCAGUAGUUCAGUAGAAUUACAGUUCUGGGUUGUGGACAGAACUGUUGACACAGAGCAACCCCGCCCCCCUUCCUGUCACUGAGAGCUCUGUUUACACUCUCACAGCCUCGAUCUAGCAUUUGCGGCACAAAAAUAACAACGAGCAAUAUUAGUUCAAUCCAGUCAUUCAAUUUUGAGCCAGAAUUACAAUUCCCUUCAGCACCUUCUGCACACCUAGGCGUGAACGGGCUAAACCGUAGCUGCAUCAUUAACCCCAGACUUUUCAAGCAUCCAGUUUUCUGAUCCAACACAAUUUGAAUUAAGAAAUACUCAAACGCAGUUUUAAUCAUGAAUCAAGAUGCUAAAAGAACUUGUUAAAAACACAAAAAAGACGAGUUUCUUUGGAGUUGGUCUUAAACUCUAGAACACUUUCACCAGGUAAUUUUCACCUGAAUUUAUAUAUCCUAUAAAAAGUAUUUGCCUUAAAAAUAAUUCAAAAUAUGAAAACACAUGAUAAAUUAGAGAAGUUUUUUUUUUUUUUCACCUGUGGUUUAUGUAACAAAAUGGAAAAUAAAAACGCAAUAUCCUAAAAACAUCCUCGAAAAUUACAGAAAAAUUAGAAAACAAAAAAUUCCUUAAAAACAAAUGAUGUGUAAACUUGAUCUUUUGGUCCACCCUUCCUGGGACAUUUCAGACUUUACCCAGAGACCCAUGACACUCAGAAAAACGCCACAUAUUGAAAAUCUUGUAAAUACUUUAGCUCUGGUGAAAAUCCCCCGGCGAUAGUGCUCUAGAGUUAAGAUUCUUUACACAUGUCCUGCAUUGGGAUAAAAAUGCCUCAAAAACCUCCUAAAAACACGUUUUUCAUCAGAAUGGGUCUUUAAAAAGUUUAUAGGAAUUUAAAAUCACGUGUUCAGGCUUUAAAGAUGAGCAAUAUUCCUCCAUCUGAAUGUAUUUGGUUCAUAUGAAGUAUAUGAGGAUUUGUAUCCUCGCUCGUCCUGCAGAACCUCCCGUUGUGUUAAUAAACCCAGCAGAACAAAGCUGGUCUUUGCAGAACGGCGUGGACAGUCGAUGCCAAACCCCUUCCUGUGUUUAGUCAGAACUCUACAGCUUCAAAGACGACAAAACAAGGGAGGCUGGGACUUUUCUUUCUGGAUUUGUCUGGACUGAUGGUGUCCUCACUCCAAAUGUCCAGGGUUUAUUUUUUUGUUCUCCUCCUGGAUCAGACUGGAUAUGAAGCUGUGACGGCUGCAGCGGACCGGUUCUCUUCUGUUCUUUUAGCUGCCUUUUGUUUUCUUCAGUUCCUCAUUGAGAAGCUUCCAGAUCUCUUGAAGCAGCUGAUCUCUGCUGUGUCAUUAGAUGGCCUUUUGUCGUCUGGAAGCUUUUCUUUUUUUCCCUGAAGCCUUUGGUGAUCUGUUGGUUCUGAGGAGCAGCUCCUGGAGAACUCUUAA